CGUAAUGCCAACCAAGUAGUGCAGCGACCACGGCUUCUGUCUGUAAUUCAACACGUUUAUCAUGGAUUUUACUGGUAUUCUUGAUUCUCUGGAGGACCUGGGAUACCAGGGUCCACUCCUAGAGGAUGGCGCUCUUGAGACAGCUGUGAGUGGUGGGGCUGCAUCUCCUGAGUUCACUAAACUGUGCUCCUGGCUUGUGUCUGAGUUGAAGCUCUGUUGCAAAAUAGAGGAGAACGUUCAUGCAACCAACUGUCCGAGCGAGGCUGAGGGGUUUCAGCUGGAGAUGAGUGGUCUUUUAGCUGAGAUGUCCUGUCCCUAUCCUGUGCUCAUCACUGGAGACGUAACCAAACGUUUGCUGAAUGCAAACAACUGUCUGUUACUGCUAGACUUCCUGAUCUCAGAGCUGGAGGCCUCCAGGAUGAUCUUGAUAAGUCAGCCCCAGAAGAGGGUGCUGGAGAUGGGGGGCAGUAAAGUCUUUGUAGAGCUGAAAGGCAUCUGUAUGGCUCUGGCCAUGUCCAAACCUCCUGCCAACAUAACUAUGUUCCAGUUCUUCAGUGGCAUUGAGAAGAAGCUGAAGGAAGCUUUGUCCAAAGUCCCUCCAUCUCAUAUAGGGGAGCCUUUACUGAAGAAACCUCUGGGACCUGUUCAUUGUGAGAAAAUUGAAGCAAUAAACCAAGCACUUGUGAAUGAGUAUGAAGUCAGAAGGAAAAUGUUGUUGAAACGACUGGAUGUGACAGUGCAGUCUUUUGGCUGGUCAGAAAGAGCAAAGACACGUGCUGAGAGGCUCACCAAAGUGUACCAGCCUCUUCGUACGGCACUAGCCACUAAGACUAUGGUGUCUGUGGCUCACCUGUUUGCUGCUAGACAAGAUUUAUCAAAGAUUCUGCAAACCAGCAGUGGUCACAUGAGAGAGAAAACAGCCUGUGCGAUUAAUAAGGUCUUGAUGGGUCGUGUGCCUGACCGAGGAGGCAGACCAAAUGAGAUUGAACCCCCACCUCCAGAGAUGCCCAUGUGGCAGAAACGCCAAGAUGGUCCACAAGGGGGUGGUGGAGGGCAGCACUACUCUGGUGGUGGUGGGGGAAGAGGUGGAGGACGGGGUGGCUAUGAUCAGCAACAGGGAGGCCGGGGAGGCCAUGAGAGAGGCGGAGCGAGGGGUGGGAGAGGAGACCACCGUGGGGGUAAAGUUCAGGGGGGCUGGCAGGAAAGCUCUGGUGGAGGUGGAUACCAGGUUAAUUACCAGGAUGGUGGACAUCGAGGAGGUUAUGGAGGUGGAGGAAGCGGCGGCUACCAUGGAGGGCAACGGGGAUCAGGAUACCAAGGGGGAGGCUUCCAAGGAGGCCAACAAGGACUGGGGUACUCAGGGGAAGGUUACCAAGGUGGCGGAGGGCAUCAGGGCGGAGGUGGGGGUUACCAGAAUGAGGGAUAUUUUCAGGAUGCAGGGCGACACCAGGAGAGAGGUGGCAGGGGGGGUCGUGGAGGUAGAGGGAGAGGAGGAGGAAGAGGAGUUGGGCAGGGAGGGGGAUGGGGUGGAAGAGCGGGGCAGAAUUUUAACCAAGGAGGGCAGUUUGAGCAGUUCUUUCAGCAAGGUGGGCACCAGUAUAACCAGGCGGGCUUUGGGCAAGGAAGACAAUAUACUAGUUGAAAGACAGAGACAGUUUCUGCCAACUACAGGUUCAGAGAGGACACAAUUCUCUGAGAGAACGAGAUGAGAUGCAGGCCUUUAGAUUCCUGACGAAUGGACAGGCAUGACAUCCCAUUUUCACCUGGUGCCUCAGGGGUCUGCUUUACUGAGAUCUCCUUGGAAUGAACAUAAUGUGCUUUUUUGCAUGUGUAAGGUUCAAGGUCUACACGAUUAAGCUUCCAACAGACCAUUUAAAUUACUUCACUUAUUUUGAAGUGCGCGAUUGGGUUGCCAAAUAACUCCAAGGUUAAACUUUGUGUUUCUGGGUUUGUAUUCGUCUUCCUCCAUUUGGUAUUUUACAUCGAUUCAGUCUACUGCCUCUUUGCUGCUGCCCUGACUCUGAAUCUGAUAAAGCCUUAUACUAGACAUUAUACAGAAGUUAUUGAAAAAAUGUAGUUUGGAUAUUUUCUAGUUUUAUUUAUGGAAGCGGUUCUUUAUGAAAUCAUAAAUGUUAUAGAUUUUCAUGUUUAUUAGUUCUCAAUGUCAAUACUGUUAUUGAAACCAUCAGCAAAUGAAUAUUUUAUUUCCUUUCCAAGUGGGAUUUUGCUGAAUGUGUUUGUUUAUAAAUACCAAAUAUUAACAGUUAACCAGCUUGGGUGUUAUGGAAGUAUGGAAAGCCAUACAGUAUUUGACAGACAUGAUUUGAGAUGUUUUCUGCUGAUUUGGGAAAGAGUGACAGAUCACCUUUAAAGUUAUUUGGAUGAUCAAAUAAACCAUAAAGAAAAGUGCUCACUGUUGUAGUGAUGAAUAUUACUAUGAUGUUUUAACAUUUGUAUGAUGUUAUUCAUGCUGUGGUGAAACUUGGCAUAGGCACUUAGGGUGGUCGUGGGGUGGCAUGUUCUCUGGGGUGCCCCGGGAUCAGUGUUGGUAAGAAACAAAACCUACUAACUUGAUGACAUUAAACAGAACCGUCAUAGUAGUUCAGCUACAUCAUUUUACAAAAGUCUAAUUUUUCAAACAAUAAGCUACU